AUGGAAACAUUUCCUUGCAGCUUGCUUACUGUUCGUGUAAUACGACUAAGGAAUCUCCAACAGGCUGAUGUCUUAAGCCACUCUGAUUGUUAUGUGACCCUAAACCUACCAACCGCUACAAGUGAGAAGCUGAGGACCAAAACUGUAAAUAAUUGCAAGAACCCUGUUUGGAAUGAAACCUUUUACUACAGAAUUCAAAGACAGGUCAAGAACCUGCUAGAGUUUUCUCUGUAUGACUCAGAUGUUGUUACUCCAGAUGAUCACCUUUUCACUAUAAGCUUUGAUGUAGCUCGUCUGCCAGAUAAUGAGAAAGUUCUUAUGUGUUUUAAAUGUGAUCCACAGGCACAAGAAGAGCUGGAAGUUGAAUUUAUAGUGGAACCUGCGUCAGGUCCUCCGGAAACACUAAUUACAAAUGGAGUUCUAGUGUGUCGUGAAAUUUGUACACUUGAAGCUGAGGUGGAUCAGGGCAAGCGACAUAAAUCACAGAAAGAUCUUUCACUUUCUAUAAAAGGAUCAUAUGAAGGCACUCAAACUUUUAAGUUGGGUUCAGAUGCAAUUGUCACACCUCCAUGUCCCACUACAUUCCAUUAUAUGAAGUAUAAGGAUCCAUCAUUGAAUGUUAAACUACCAGAGACAAAACCACAUUAUAAUCCUUGUACCUGUUCAUAUACCACCAAGAAAGAUGUUCCAACUGUGAUGCUGAAUUCUCUGCCUGUGGGAGAGAAAGUGCCAAUAGUAGAAGAAAAAAAGUACAAUAUGCACAUAAAAGUGAAUGAUUGUCCUUGUUCCUGCCCAGGAGACCUAGAUAUGCGCUUGGGAUAUGAUCUCUGCCCACAGGAGCAAGAGUUCUUGUGUAAGCGAAAGAAAAUUGUUGCUCAAGCUUUGAAGCAGGUUCUCCAGCUAGAUUAUGACUUGCAAGAUCAUGAGAUACCUGUGGUGGCAAUUAUGACAACUGGAGGUGGAACAAGGUCAUUCACAACAACAUACGGCUCUAUGAGAGGACUCAAAAAACUGAAUAUUAUGGAUUGUGUAACAUACAUAUCUGGCUUGUCUGGCACUUCAUGGGCCUUGGCACACCUAUAUAGGGAUUCUUACUGGUCCCAGAAAGAUCUAGCUGAAAAAAUACAUGAGGCUAAGAAACAAGUGACCAAAAGCAAGAUGGAAAUGUUUACUAUGAACCGUAUGAAAUACUACUAUCAGCAGUUGAAUCAAAGGAAACAGGAGGGCUACAAGACAACUUUUAUAGAUCUCUGGGGACUCGUCAUAGAGUAUUUGUUAAAUGAUGGGAAAGAUAACCACAGGCUCUCAGAUCAGAAAGAAGCUUUGGUAGAUGGUCAAAACCCCCUGCCCAUCUAUGUAACUAUCAACAUCAAGGAAAAUUACAGCACUCAAGACUUCAAAGAAUGGCUAGAGUUCACUCCCUAUGAGGUGGGAUUUCUGAAGUAUGGAGCAUUUGUGCAUCCUGAGGACUUUGGAAGUGAAUUUUUUAUGGGCCACCUGAUAAAGAAGCUUCCAGAAACCCGGAUGUGCUACCUUCAUGGUAUUUGGAGUAGCAUAUUUUCAGUCAAUUUGUUGUAUAUUUGGAAUAGAGUUAACAGUUCAGAAGAAUUCUGGCACCAAUGGACUCAAGACAAAUUAAUAGAUAUUGAUGAAGAACCACAUUUACCUACAAAGCCCUAUGAGCUAAAAAGCCGGAUGUUUGUCCCACCUGGAAAUCUAGCCACAACACUUCGAGCUGUUUUGACAGAUCGCCUAUCUGUUGCAGAGUAUCACAAUUUUCUGAAGGGUUUUCAGCUACAUGACAGUUAUAUGGAGAAUACAAAUUUUCAGAGAUGGAAAGCUACUAUAUUGGAUUGUUGUCCCAAUCAACUAACAGGAUAUGAUGACCACUUAGGCCUAGUGGAUGCUGGAUUUUUCAUCAAUACAAGUUGCCCACCACUCUUAAGACUAGAGAGAAAAGUGGAUCUCAUUGUGCAUUUGAGCUACAGUGCAGGUUCACAAACACUGCCUCUAGAAGAAGCUUGCAAGUACUACACAGAGCAAGGGAUCCCAUUUCCAAAUGUUGUCCUAACAGAUGAAGAUAGGAAACACCUGAAAGAAUGCUACUACUUCAAUCAGUCAGAGACCCCUGGUUGCCCCAUCUUGGUAUUCUUUCCACUAGUGAAUGAUACUUUCCAACAUUAUAGUGCGCCUGGUGAGAAACGCUGCGAAGCCAAUAUGGCUGCAGGCAACAUUGACGUUUCUACUUGCCAAACCCCAUAUUCCACUUACUGUCUGAGAUACUCUGAUGAUGAUUUUGACAAGCUUGUGAACCUAAGUGAAUACAACAUCUUGAAUAACCAGGACAUAAUUUUUCAGGCUUUGCAUGCAGCUGUAGAACGGAAAAGGCAGCACUGCUGCAAGAAUUAA